UUUCUCAACAGGCUAAAUUUAAGUGUAAUAUUAGAUUUGUAGAGAUGCCACCGAAAUUUAUGAAUAGCUCUGGAGUUCUCACUGUGAAGCUCGAAGAUCUGAGGAAACUCGUUUCGCCCACCGAGAUCGAGUGGUUGGAGCAAAAGAAACGGGAGGAGACGCAGCUAAAAUUCGAUCGCGAAGUCAUCCAGAUGCGACUGAAUCACCUGCUGCAGCGCAUCAACGACCUGGACGAUCAGCUGGAGCAGGAACGCAUUAGCGAGGGGGAGUUCCAAUCUAUGGAUUCCCUAAGGAACACGCUGAACCUGCGGCAUCAGCAGUUGGUCGAGCGGCUCGUUCGCAUUGGAACGCAACUGGCCAGGACGAAAAUAGAUCUGAAGAGUGGAGAAAUGUCCAUUUACGAGAACCUAAAAGCCAGGGGAUUGAUAUAAAGGGAAAGCAAUCAAAAGAAUAUUUUCGGAACUUGUAUAUAAAU